AUGCAACCCAUCAAAACCAAACUCCUAGAAGUCCACUACCUCGACCUGGGCCCACGCGAUGGCUGGCCGGUCAUCCUCUCCCAUGGCUUCCCCUACUCUCCCGAUGCCUACACCUCCGUCGCCCCCAUCCUCCAAAAAGCUGGCGCGCGCGUCAUCGUACCUUACACACGUGGUUAUGGCCCAACACGCUUCCUCUCCCCAUCAACCAUGCGGAGCGGCCAACAAGCCGCCCUAGCAACUGACAUCAUCGCCCUCAUGGACGCCCUCGGUAUUCGCAAAGCGCUUCUUGCAGGCUUCGACUGGGGCGGUCUGGCCUCGUGCGCAGCGGCAGCUUUAUUCCCUGAGCGCGUGGCGGGGCUGGUGUCGUACGCGGGGUACGACGUCGCGGAUGUACAGGGCCAAAAGCAUGCUGUUGAACCGGCGCUGGAGCGGGUCAUGUGGUAUCAGCAUCUGUUCCAGAGCGAGCGAGGACGAGAGUGUCUUGUGAAUGACAGACGCGCUUUGUGCAAACUUUUGUGGGAGGAGUGGUCGCCUGGUUGGGACAGUGCUUCACGUGAUGCGGAGUUUGAGAAGAGUGCGAAAGCGUGGGAUAAUGAGGAUUGGGUUGAUGUGGUGAUGCAUUGUUAUCGGUUUCAUCUUGGGAAUGAGAAGGGCGAUCCGGGGUUGGAGGAGCUGGAGGGCAGGUUGGCGACGAAGCCUGUGAUAGAUGUGCCGACUAUUACUUUGGAUGGGUUGGAGGAUCCUUUGAAGCCUGGGGGUUCGGUGGGGCAUGCGAAGUACUUCACUGGGAGACAUGAACGGAGGGAAGUGCGUUGUGGUCACGCCUUUCCUCUUGAGGCUCCGGAAGAGUUUGCGGCUGCUGUUAUUAAGGUGCAGGAGUGGUCUCAGAGCCUUGAGUGA